CGUUCGUAUUAGUUCUGCUGUGGUUCAUAUUAAUUCAGCUCGGAACAUACUCAACAGAACCGAAGUCAUCACCACGCUGAUUCUAUAAAGGAGGACAAAAAACAGGUACGUUAAAGGCAUCAGUUCCACAAUGACCUUGACCUUUAAGUUGAUGGUCGCCAUUUUGAUGGCAGACACACUUGUAAAUAGCGAGGAAAAGUACAAUCAUGGAACACUUAUUCAUGACAUCCCAUUACCACCGGCACUUUCCGACACGGAUGAAAAUACUCCGGGAUUUUCGCUACAGGUUGAGUGUGAAGAUAGGAAAGGUAUGCCUGGGUUUCCGGGUAUAGUAGGACUUCCCGGUCGUGUUGGAGGACCCGGAGUGAACGGAUUCCCUGGUGAAAAUGGGGAACCCGGAGAUCUAGGGUUGCCCGGAUCUCCGGUGUCAUUUUCAGUUGCUUUACCUAGCAAUGCUGGUCCUCUGAGCGGCAGAUUACUGAAAUAUCAGUAUAUAAUGCUGAAUCAUGGAUCGGCGUACAAUUCCGACACAGGGAUGUUCACGGCACCCGUGAAGGGCAUAUAUGUCUUCAAUAUUGUCGUAUCGGCCAUGGAAAGAAAGGUGGCUGUGGUUGAGCUGCGUCAAACUGUUCCAGGGAGGGAACAUGACGUGUUGAUCUCGGUUAAAGCUGAAAGUCAACCGAAAUGGGCUACGUCAUCAAGUACUGUGUACCAACCUCUAAACGAGGGGGAUGAAGUCUUUCUGUAUGCACCGGCGAAUAUCACCUCGUAUUUCUACGCUAACACUUACACAACUUUCAGUGGCGAUCUGGUAGCGCCGACAUAUUGAAAAUGGUCGGGAUGACGUCUUAAUGCAGUAUAUGGCUAACAUGCCCCAAUAUUUGGACUUUUUAUACAAAAUUUCCUACGAUUAUUUAUAAACAGUUCACUUGCAAACCGUCUAUACAUAUUCAGAUCUCUCAUUGAUGUCGCUGAAAUAAGGUCAGAUUUUACAUAAUUUUAAUAUUGUCAUAUGUAAAGGAGAGAAUUUGACGUCAGUGAAAUAUCAAUACAUUAUGUAUACAUUGUAUUCACAUCUACUAAUAUACUAAUUCUUUAAAUAUGAUUUACAUCUGCCAACGUCUGGAACACCAAUAAAAGACAUAGAUACAUUGCCGUAUUUAAUCGUA